AAAUGAUAUUAUCAGUGAUGUAGAAAGACUAGUAAGAGAAAAGUCAACGUUAUUAGAUAAAAUAUCAGAGGGCAAAAUACCACAAAGUCAUAUUCAUACUCCUACUCAAAUUUCAAGUGAUCAUGAAACAAUUAUAAGGCAUGUCGUACUUGUAUUACGAGAUUUAUAUAAUCUUGUAAUUAUCGCAAAAGCAAAGUAUGAUCAAGGUCCCACGAGCGUACAAAAUUGCAUUGACAUCUUGAAUGGAAAUAGAUUAUUAUUACAAACCCUCAAGAAAGAAUCGGUCAAAAAUAUUGAUUAUUAUUUGCCAAUAAUAUUGUAUAUUUGGAAACCUAUCGAAUUGGAUAUCACUUAUGAAGAUGUAAUCCGUGCAUUGCCGCUUUUAAGUAAUUGUGAUGAUUUAAUUAGAUGUUUGGUCGCUAAUAAUCCACAAAUGUUUCAUAAGAUCACAGAUAUUAUCCUAGAGAUUCACAAAAAUUAUCCUCAUAAAUAUAAAGAUCGCAUCAAAAAAAUGCUGUAUACUAUGGUUAGUCUCGCAACACAUCACGCAUUUAACAUGCGGCUUAAGCUGAUAGAUUUAAAGAUAUUACCGGAAGUUGUGUUGCGACUUACUGUUCUCUGUUCAGAUGUUGUAUUAUGCCUUGAAGGAAUUUUCUCGCGAAAUCCUAAAUGGAUAACGUCACAACAAAUUCCACAGGAUUUAAUCAAUGACUUAAAAAGUAGCUUAUUUAUAACUUUGCGCAAUUUAAAUUAUGAGCCAAACGAGUUAGAAGUUUGUUUAACAGUUAUAGAACAUGCCGGAUCAGACAGGCUCAAAAAAUUAUGUUUGUGCUUUUUGCUACUGUGUUCUGAAAUGUUAAUUAAAACGAACAGGAAAUUACUUGUAAAUUCCUUUGCAAAAAUAGUUAAUCAGAAUAAGCAGUUGUUUUUGAUAUUUGCUUAUUUUUUCCGUACAAGUCAACUCGAUCAAAUAUCAAAAAUGUGUAUUUCAACUCUGGCUAUGGAUAUUGAAAUAUCUGGUUACGGUUUGGUUGAGUUAAGAAACGCAACGAAGGACACCCUUUUCUCUGAAGUUACUUUAGCUAGAAGUGCUUUGGAAAUAGAACCAGACACUUUUGAUGGAUUAGGGUUGGCAAAAGAUCCUAGAGAUAUUGCUUUUAAUGUUGUUUACGUGAUGUUGAAAGGUGGAGUAUUUCAUAAAGGCAAAGUAGAUAUUAAGCCUUGGAUGAUGCGACAAAUCACACAAGCAACAUUACCAAUCCAUUCUCAGUUAUGCCCUUUAAUAAAGACAUAUGCUUCUAGCAUCUUUGACAUUCACGGUAUCGUUUAUCCAACUCCAAUGAGCAAAAUACCGGAAUUUCAUAUAUUUUCGUUCUUUCGAGAGAGAAUUGAGAAAAUUACUCCAGCACAUAUUCUUUUGUUUUAUUAUGUACUCCAGUUUAAUAUAAUUGCGAGAGAACGGAAGUCAGUUGGAGGUCAAGCAUCAUUACAAAAAACUAUUUACUAUUCCAAUUUACCCUAUUCUUCGAGUCUCAUGGAAUCAAUUCCCGUUCGAAGAAUACUAAUUGAGGCGGAAAAAUGUGACAAUGGCUUAGCAUAUCGUAAUGUUUAUCCUGAGCUUCUUGGACUCAUUGCUUCAAAUUAUCCCGAAAUUUUUGACAUAGAAAAUCUUUUAACUGAAGAAGACCAUCUUCCAAAGACUUUGAGGCAAAGUCGUUCGGUUAUCGAAAAUUUUAUUCAAAUAUCCAUUCAAAAUUUGGAGUCAAAUCCAGGAGUGGCUUCAAAUGCCUUGAAAACUUUGGAAUCUAUGGAACCAGGGGAUUUGUCAACUCGUUGUAAUCAACUUAUGCUAUCUUUAAUACCGAGAAUCCUUUAUCUGUUUGUAUCUGGCUCCUAUUUGGUAUAUCGAAUCUGGUUGUCACUCUAUAGUAUGAAUCCUCAUGAAGCAUCUUUAUUGUUCAUAAAUGCAACUCGAGGACAUCAAGAUCAGGAAAUAAGAUUUACGGAGUUACAACUUAUGAUGGAUCCAUUGUUAGUUAUGCGCUGUGAUCCUCAAGUGUUUAGAUGUACUCCAAUUUUUAAAAUCUUUAUAAAGGUUUUGAAAUUUUAUAUGAGAGGUUCCCGAUUUAGAUUAAACCGACUUCAACAAGACGAAAGUGAACACUUGAAGGAUCGUUUUACGUUUGAAAAGAUGGAUAAACUGAUAUUAGUUCAAGAGAUUUCAUUGAUGAAAAUAUUACUUGAAAUUUGUGAAUCUAAACCGGAUGAUUUAAAUAAUCCAGGUGUAUUGGAGGAAAUUAGAAGCGAAACGUUUAGCUUCCUUCAUGAAUUGUUCAUUCAAAACACAAUGCUAUGUAGGGAAUUACAUUUUGAAGGUUAUUCUAUUGAAUUAAUACCUUUGACCACGCGUAGAAUCGAGUCAAUGCAUAUGUGUAUAAAUUUUGCGCCUGAAUUAAUUAACGAUAAAUCUGAUCCAAAAAGACAGUUAUUUGGACUAUUUUUGGGUAGUCAACUUUGUGAAGUUUGGCCCAUGGAACAAACAUAUAAGCUUGCGAAAGAUUGUAUAAUAGAAAGAAUUAAAGAAAAAUCUUUGCAAACAAACGAAAAGACGUUAUCUGAAGAAGCGAAGAAGAUUUUACCGAUUUUAAUCCUGAUUUAUAAUGUAUUUAUAAAUUUACAUCUAGAAGCGAAGUUUAGACCACAGAGAGGUGCAACCACGUUUGGAAUGAAAAGGACAUCAGAGAAAUUUAUUGCACAAUUAUUAGAACAAAUUCGUGAAAAACCUGCGAGUUCAUUUAAAUUUCAAAGAAAGAGAGUUAUUCUGAGGGCAGAUAUAUAA